UUUUGAUGUGACCAGUGUUUGUAAACAAAACAGUUUUGAGAUAAAAAUGAGAAGUUUUGUAAAAAUUAAGGAAGAGACAGAUGCUAGUUUACAUCUUGUUAAAGAAAGUGGUCUAUAUGGUUAUGCACUCCUUACAGCCUUCACAGCCAUUGGAUAUGGAGCAGCAUCUUACAGUCAAGAUUCCUAUUUCUGGCAGACAGUUUACCUAACCUUUGGUGUAUUUAUGGGAUUAGCCUGUAUGGAAGACUAUGAGGAAUGUGUAUUUAACAAAACAGAUAAAGAUAUUCGUCUUACAAAACAGACUAUAUGGGAUAGAAUACUUAGUGUGAUUAGUCAAAGGCCUGCCAGUGUGGUUGUGUUCAAUAUAGAAGAUGUGACAGGUGUACAUGUAAAAGAGGAGACUGUGACCUACUUUGGUAAAGGCUAUCAGGUUGUGCUAUUCAUGAACUCAGGAAUUGAUGUAGGUGUUACCGAUUCUUUUAUCUUUGGAAGAGAGAGCUCUGAACAUACUAAACUUGCUGACAAAAUAAAAGAAUUUCUGAAUUUAUAUCAACACCCAGAAGGCUUAUCAGAUGAUAGUAGCUCAGAUUCUGGAGAGGAUGGGUUUGAACAUAUCACAGAUCAAGUCAUAGAGGAAGAACUGAAAAAGGACCAACAAUAAACAGAGGACUAGAUAUUAUCUAAGUGGUAAUCGUUGACCUGGUACUUAAUUCAGAUUAAUUUUUUUUAAUUCUUACAAUGAUGUUUGUAUUUAUGUUUUUCAAAAGUUAGAUUUGAUGAGGAUGAAUAUAUAUGUCAAUUUUCUUCUAAAAAUAAUUGUUGUAUAAAUAGUUUAAAUAUAUUUUUUUAAUCAGCCAAAAUGUUUUUGGACUAAAUUUUUAUUUUUUUAUCAUUUUGUAAAUGUUUUAUCCCCGUUAUAA